AUGAUUGACAGUACAGUAAAAUACAAAAUUUUCCCAGAACAAACAGGCAUAUCACUUAGUCCUUAUGCUACUGCUGAAGAAAUUAAACAAAGUAGAAGAAUUAACAAGAUGCGAGACGGAUUUGUUGUUCCUAAGACUGCUAUAGAUGCUACUUAUGUUGAUAAAAAAUGUCCUUUUACAGGAGAUGUCAGGGUAACAGGAAAAAUUUUUGAAGGAGUAGUUUAUAAAAUGAAAGCAGAUAAGACUAUAGUUGUGAGAAUCAACAGAUUAGUUUAUAAUAAGAAAUACAGAAGGUUUGGCAGAAGACAUACGAAUGUUAGUUCUCAUAUGUCUCCUUGUUUUGAAGGUCUUAUUAAUGUGGGUGAUACAGUUAUUUGUGGAGAGACGAGAAGAUUAAGCAAGACUAAAAGUAGUGUAGUUUUAGACUUUAAGAAGAAAAGCACUGAAGGAAAUUUUAAAAGAUUAGAAGAUUUCUAA